CGCAUUUGACAGUUGCUGGAAACAUGGUGUGGAAUAAACUACAAAAUAAUUUUGUAGCGGAUAAUUUACGCGUCGUGUGAAAAUCAUAAAAAUAUAAAUAAUGUAAAAACAGCUUGCUGCUGGAGUGAAUAAUAAUUAUUUUAAGAAUUUAGGUGUAUAAAAUAAUAAAGAGCAAGUAUUUUUAGAGCCAUCUGUGCUUAAUAAAAUGAUACAAGUAAUCGCUUAAUCGUAUGUUUACAAAUUUUCUGGUAAAGUGGAAAUCGGGAAAGUAGCUGAUAAAUAGCUUAAAAGUGUAUUGUGCAAUAACGAAGAGUGUAAAUAAAAAUAGAAACACAAUAGUGUCUGCGGUGGUAUUUUGUCUAUUAAAUAGGAUCUGUUGUUUUCCCUUAAAAUAAAUGGUUUUUUACCACCGAAUUAUUGUUGUGAUGCAUUGUUGAGGUGAACCGAGAAAUUGUCGUGAAGAGUAAACGUGAAUAGGCAAAUAAGUGCAACACGUUCGAUGGCGCAAAUUAGCAAUGCUUGAACUGUGCCAAGCUGAUGGUCGAAAAUACCAAAACAUCAAUAAGCACGCAACCUCCACAAUCACAGUCAUUCACGAAAUUUCGCACACCCACGCAAAUAUCGACGCACUGGUAGGCGCCCAAAGCGAGUGUUCAGAAGCCGGUGAAUGUUUAUUAUGCUGAGCAGUUCGCAUACAGAAUUUAACAUCGCCAUCAACGGUGCCAACAUCGAUUACAACGACGGCGGCGACGACGACGACGACCUCGUCAGCAGCUGUGCAGCUGGAAUAAACUUAAAUCGCAUUUGAAAGAGUGGAAUUUUCGCAAUACAAGUGGCGACGUGACGGCGUGAAUGCUUCGUUAGCAUCGUAUUUCGGAAAGCGUGCAGAGGACUUAAUCUCUUUAGCCCAACAAACAACGAAAAACCAACCUGCAUGCCCACAUUAUUUCCAUUCCUACAACGAAAGAAAAACAUCCGAAUCCGCCCCAAUGUUAUUGCCGCUAUAAGCACAUUUCAGUUUUCCAUUAUACCCAUUUAACCUCUUUUUUAUUAGAAUUUACUGUACCGUUCGUCUCGACUUAAGCGCCAUCAUUCGCAUUCGCAUUUACAGUUUUUCUUAAGGGGAUUUGUUAAAAUAGCUAUAGCUAAAGCGUACACUUUAAAUCAGUCAACCACAAGAACGUUACAACCGCAUUGUUCAAACUAAAGUGUUCGUUCGUUCGUUCCUUCAUGCGGUGAAAGGUUGAAGUGAGGAGUUGUUGGCGAUGCAGACAGCGGCUGGCAGUCGGCUUAUACCGUUGGUGUGGUAGUAAAAAAUUGUACGUGUAGUUCGUGUUGCCUAUGUCGGAACAUGCCAGUGGAUAUGCAAAAGAACGUCUCCGUACAAGUUGAUAGUGAUUUUGCUUUACUUCUGCCUAGCGGUGUUUACGAGAUUAAGAAAAUGGAACCACGCUCCAAAAUACGAACAAUUAUUCUAUUUUGCCUCUUUUUGGCAAUUGCCGGUAUUAUUGGAUUCGGUUACUUCUGCCAAGAUCAGGUCUGUGCGCUCUCCAAGCGCGGCAUGAUGCUACAACCGGAUAUACUGUCCUAUAAUGAGGCGUUAAUGCCACCACCAGGUGCCGUGGGCGCUGCAGCGGCGUCGGGUAUGACAAACAAUGCCUACGGUGUACACCACUCACAGCAUCAGUUACAUCAGCCGGGCGGUGGCGGUGGGUCGGCCCUGGCGCUGGCAUCCACAUCGGCGAUUAAUGCGAAAUCAAUACAGCAAAAUGCAAUUAUCACCAAUGCCGGGCUCAGCUAUGAGGAUGUGCUCAACGAUGACUUUCAAUUCGACAUGGACGGACAUGAUGUGAUGGUGUUUCUGCAUAUACAAAAAACCGGAGGCACAUCGUUUGGACGGCAUUUGGUGCGUGACUUGGAUCUAAAGCGACCCUGUGAGUGCCAGCGUCAGCGUAAACGUUGCUAUUGCUUCCGUCCACACCGCAACGAGAAUUGGCUAUUCUCACGCUACUCAACGGGCUGGAAGUGUGGCCUGCACGCCGACUGGACCGAACUGACCAGCUGUGUGGACAUCGAAUUGGACAAGAACGAGGGUGAGACGGCCAAGCGUCGCUAUUUCUAUAUUACGCUGCUACGUGAGCCCAUCUCACGGUAUAUGUCCGAGUAUCGGCAUGUGCGGCGCGGUGCGACGUGGAAGGGUUCACGUCAUUGGUGUCUGGGCCGUCAAGCUACAGCAGCGGAAUUGCCACCCUGCUACAAGGGUAAAGAUUGGUUGGAUGUAGAUUUGGAUGAGUUCGCCGCGUGUGAAUCGAAUUUGGCGGCCAAUCGACAGACCCGCAUGCUGGCCGAUCUGGCGUUGGUGGGCUGUUACAAUAAGACUGCUAUGCCGGCGCACGAACGCGACCGUGUGAUGUUGGCGAGCGCCAAACGUAAUUUGGCCGCAAUGGCGUACUUCGGACUCACAGAGUAUCAAAAGAUUUCACAGUAUAUAUUCGAAGAGACAUUCAAUCUUCGUUUUGCGAUACCAUUCGAGCAACACAAUACAACUAUAUCUGCGACGGCGGUUAAUAAUUUGCGUCCAGAUCAAAAGAGACGCAUCGAGGAGUUGAACAGCUUGGAUGUGGAGCUGUAUGCCUUUGCAAAGAAUUUAUUAUUCCAAAGGUACGGUUCAUCGAAAUUUGAGCGACUAAAAGCAAAAGACAACGAUUUUGAAAAGCGCUUUGCCAACUUGGGCAACAUCUACUACAAACAGGGUGUAACCGAAUUCAAUUGGGACAGCAACAUCGAUGACACAUUAAGCACCGAUCAUUGAGCCUCAAUACUGGCAUACGCUGUGGGUUGAAAGAAAAAAAAACAAAGCAAAGUUAUGCAAGCUAUAGAUAUGUCUGGCUAUAUUUGCUGCAUAAUUGCAAAAUGGACUUUAUUUAGAUUUAAGCGUAACUUUAAACGUAAACAUAGUUGUAACUCUUAGAAAAGUUUAGAAGUCUAUAUAUUUUUGAAGCUGGUAUUAUUUGCUGGUUUAAAACCCGCUGAUUUGUUUGUAAACAGUUUUAAUAUUUGUGUGUUGCUAUUGUAAAUAUAUUUCAGAGUUUUUGUUAGAAAAUUUAAGUUUCGGAUUGAGUGUCACAAUUAGUUGCUAGUUAUUAUUAAUAUUAGAAAUUAACGAUUGGCAUGUUUAUUAAUAGUCAUAUGGUUUUACUGUUAACUCUAAGGAAAUACGCUAAGCCAAAAUUAGUUUAGAUCCUAAUUAUAAGCUUAGUAUGUAACUUUAGACGAGCGAAAAGUAUUUUUGUUUAUUUUAAUUAUAUGCAAAAAAAUCGUAACUUUUAGAAUUCCUACUUUGAUUUUAGUUAAUACAAAAUAUUUACCAUUAAGUAGAGGAGUUACUAAUUUAAAGUUAAAAUAUCAAACGCAAACUGUAAUGUAAACGGUUUCCGUACAUAUUCACCAACCCAGAAAAAGCAUUUACCAUAAAGAACUUAUUUGUCAUGUUAAAAAUAAAAAUAAAAAAUAAAAAAUUAAAAUUUUUUUUAUAAAAAAUAGUACACUUGGAAUUGUUUUUUGUAAAUACCGUGACGUUAUAUUUGAUUUUUGGCCAAAUUUUAAAAUUUAGAACAUUUUAUUUUGUAAUUAGUCAAAAUAUUUAUAUAAGACAAUAACAAAUUGAGAUUGUUAUCGUUUAUUGAAUUAUAUUUGCUUGUGAAAACGCUAACAGACAACUUUGACAAAAAUAAAAAUUAUGACAGCAUAAACAAGCCAAAACAAGAACAAAUAACAUAACAUAGAACCAUAAAAUUAAAUAAAUAAUAAUUAAUUACAAUAGCAUCUGAAGGCAAUAUGUCACUGGAAAAUAUGCAAACGAAACACACUUGCAGUUGUAUGCUAUUUAUAUACAUACAUACAUAUGAACGUAAACAAAAUUAAAAAAAAAAAAAACUUAACAACUGAAAUAUCAUUCAAAUGAAAGAAUAUCAAA